CUAAGCAUUUUUAUCAGCGGUAUCCCGGGCGAAAUCCUGUACCGAGUGUAAUUCAAACCUUAUAACAUUAAGGGCAUGGGUCUAACAGCUCCUGUGGACUGUCUGGAUGGGUUCUCUAUACAUUGUGGAACAAAUCCAUGUCUUAACAGUGGCACGUGCAUGGUGGUCAGGCAUGAAUACUCGUGCGACUGUGCCGCAGGCUUCACUGGUAGAAACUGUGAUUCACCGGUGACAUCAUGUGAUGUGGGUCCAUGUUUAAAUGGCGGUCAAUGUACACCGUUUAGCCUGACAGAUUACAACUGUACUUGUCCAGCUCCAUUCUCGGGUAAAAAUUGUCAAAUAGAUAUAGAUCAUUGCACAAGUACCAGCUGUAUUAAUAACGGAACCUGCAUUGACCAGAAAGGAAGUUCUCUAUGCGCAUGCUCUUCACAUUCGGGUUAUUUCGGCAGCAGCUGCCAGUUUCCACAAGACCCGUGCUUACGAUUCCCGUGCAAUAACAGCGGCAUCUGUAUCACACAAGGGUCCUACAAUAGGGUGUGUAACUGCCCGGAUGGAUUCUCAGGUGUGAACUGUGAAUACAACUUAGAUGAAUGUGACCCGAACCCAUGUUCAAACGGUGCCGCCUGUAUUGAUGGUGAUAAUUCAUUCACGUGCGUGUGUCUAACUGGUUUUAAAGGAACAUAUUGUGAGCAGAGGAAUAGAGCGGAUACAUGCUCCCAGGUGGCAUGCUCCGCUGGCCGUGGUUGUAUUGAUAAUUACAUCACCAACACUAGAUAUUGUCUUUGUAACGAAGGCUGGUAUUUUGACGAUUCGUUCAAGGUAUGUAGAGUAAACACGAAGUAUUGUGAGAAUUAUGACUGUGGUACAGACGGACAGUGUAUAACAUACGACGGGGGAUACCAUCUCACCUGCCAUUGUAACGUGGGAUAUGGUGGUAACACGUGUCAACUCAACAUUGACGAUUGUGCUUAUCACCCGUGCAAGAACAACGCCACGUGUAGCGAUAGUGUAAAUGAUUUCUCGUGCACGUGCACAAAAGCUGGUUCUGGAGGUAAGACGUGUGACGACAAUUUGAACGGCUGUUCCUCAUGUUUAUCUGCUAAUACUGAUUCCUGUACUGACACACUAGAUGGUUAUACAUGCUACUGCAAAGAUGGCUUCCAAGGAACGAACUGUGAGGUAAAUAAUCAUAUAAGUGAAAACCCCCCGUUAAUACCCCGGCCAACAUGGGGGUUUAGUGACAAACCAGUCAGACCAGGACUACGAAAGACGUGUUCGAUUAUUGACGGAGAAUUUUGUGAAACGAUAAAAAAUAACUGUAUCACAGGACAAGAAUGUAAAGAUGGAGGACAAUGUAUCAGUACAAGCACGGGAUACGUCUGCAAUUGUGCGCAUGGAUACACUGGAACGCGCUGUGAAGAACGCUAUGAUCUAUGUGAGAUAAGUAAACCUUGUGUUGGUGACGGUAACGGAUGUGACGACACACCGGAUGGUGUGAAUUGUAAUUGUGAUCAAGCCUACACUGGUGCCAGUUGUGAGACUCUACUAUGGUACUGUGCCGAUGAUACAUGUAAAAACAAUGGUACAUGUAGCAUAACUAACACUGGUGUCAAUUGUACAUGUAUACCAGGUUUUAGGGGUAAUGACUGCAGCAUUAACAUAGACGAGUGCCUGACUAUAACUUGUCCUCAAAAUUCUGUGUGCCAGGAUGGCAUAAAUAGUGCCAAAUGUGUUUGUCUUGACGAUAAAGUCGGCGAAAACUGCCAAAAAGAUUCUUCCGACGAUUUUGACUACAUAGUGCUGCCACCUGGCGGUUGCCAUGAAGAUAAAAUCCCAGCUAGUUUUUCGUUUACUGCGUCAGCAUUUACAGUAGCGUUUUGGGUAAGACUUACUGUGUUGAAUGAUCCAGAUGCUAUGGUAACCAUAUUUGGUGUCCAAAAGAGCGGAGAUUCAAUAAAUGAGUGGACAUACCGAGUUCGAGUGAAUGGUAAAAGUGUAAGAUUCGACAUGUCACGUGGACAAUCGUCUAUUGAACUUCCGAUAGAAAAUAACGACAUAGAAGACGGUUUGUGGCACCACGUGGCUGUAUCAUGGAAUGGCGAUAAUGGCUAUCUAACUCUAUAUUUGAAUGGUGUAUAUCAACUGGAAGAUUUUUUUGCUGUAGGACAGUCUCUGACGGAUUGGGGUUAUGUUUUACUUGGAAGUGAAUCGUCAACCUCGAAUUCUUUUAUUGGACGUAUCAGCAAAUUGAAGUUGUAUAAUGAAAAGCUAGAGGAUGAGGCAAUCGCAGAUUUAUUUGACAAUAAGCCUAUAUCCGGUGCAAUAUCAGUUUUACCGCAGGAAUUAUUGAAGAUAUUGCAUUCUGUAGAUUACAACAGUCAACUAUUUCAUCAAAUUUGUACAUCACAUACCAGCUGUCCAGACAGAGCGUUCCAAGGAUCGGCAUUUCCUCAAGUUCAAAGUUGCCCACGUGAUAUACAUGUAGUCAAUUCAUCUAGGAUUAGCAGACCAUUGUGGGAUGACUCCUCUGUAACAUUUCUACAAACAAACUCAGACACCAGAACAACAAAUGCUAUUCCUGGUGAGACAGACAUUGACUGGGGUGUACACGGUAUAGGUAUAGUGGAGUAUUCUAGCGACAGACAUGCUGCAGUAUGCAUGUUCCGACUCUUUAAAACAAACAAAGAAUGUUAUGACCCUAGCAUACCAGCAGACUUAUUACAUGAUUGUGCAGACGCAAGCUAUGGUGAAGGUAGAAGAUGCAAAAUAUCGUGCAGACAAAGCGGAUACUCGGUUUCUCAAGAAAUUACGAAAUACUACACGUGCAGUAAAUACGGAAUGUGGGACGGAAAUGACAAAACUGGCGUGUUCUUUUACCCAUCUUGCGCUCCUGUAUGGGAAGGUUCGAAUAAUUUGAUCGUACACGUUGAGUAUACGUUAGUCAAUUGCCAGUUACAGAAGGCUGUUUUGCUUUCAAACUUGAGGUCAAGAAUUGUGGAGAUGAAUUCACAUUGGAGACUUGGUAUGUGCAAGACGGAUCAAGGAGGCAACGAUGAUAAUUGUGAUACGGUAGAAAUAUCUGUAGACUGUAUAAGUAAUUCGGAGGCGUCAGUGAAUGUCACCUUUACAAACACACCAGCUACUGUAAGUGAUGGUACGAACACGGUAUCACUGGAAGGCGCUUUCAAGAUUUCGGCAAUAGAUGAAAUGAUGUUCUCCUUUGCGCCGGAUGUAUUACCAGUUCUAUCAUCAUAUGUGGUGGAAUCAACAAUGACAUGCCCACCUGGAAGUCACCUUUUAGAAACAGAAUGUGUAAAAUGUGGUAGCGGAACUUACUAUGAUAGUACAAGUUCAAGGUGUAUUCGAUGUCCAAAAGGAACAUACAGAACAGUCGGCGCGAGCACUCCGAUCCUUUCAAGCUGUACAUCAUGCUCCGGUAGUGAUACAACAACAAAUACAGGUUCACCAGACAGUGGCUAUUGUCAUUCUUCUUGUUUCUUUGGGAAGUUUUACAACUCAUCCAGCAGAGCAUGCGAGUCGUGUCCCGUUGGUCUAUUUAAUGACGUCAUAGGAUCAUCAUAUUGUACACCAUGUGCUAUCACAGAUACAACACUGUCUGAAGGCAGUGUAGAAUCCGGGAGCUGCUUAUCUUUCGCUUCAUUGACGACUACAACUACUGUUUCUACUCUACCAGCGACUGGUGAAAGUAAGGAAGGCAGUAGCUUAUCAGCAGGUGUUAUUGCAGCUAUUGUUAUAUCUGUUCUCAUCGCCCUUCUUAUCAUAGCCAUUUGUGUGUUCCUGUGUCUCACAAAACGACUUCCGUGCUUUGCAAAAGAAAAGAAAAUUGCACCAACAGGAGCGCCGUAUAAACACGUAUACAAGUAUGGUGAAACAAAUAUGAAAUAUCUUAAUUACCGUUUGUCGGAUCUCCGUGAGAACAAAGAGAAAACCAUUGACAAAAUGCCAAUUUAUCCGGAGCCGAGAACACCCGAUGACAGUGUUAGCAUCCGUGAUGACAUAUCCAUACAGGUUCCUGUGUUUAUGGAGAAACUUAAUGGAACAGUUCACAAAAAGCAUACAUACAUUUCCAAUGGCCGUGCAUCGGAAGUUGGGUCAGAACUUGACCAUACUAUUGAAAAGCCUGUUUCGGAAAGAGCAUUUUCAGUAUUGUCAGAAUCUACCCGGUUUACAGGAAAAGAAAACGGCAGGAGUAUGCCUGAUUUCACAGUAACUGCCCCUGUGACGCCAACACCUCCACGAUCUCGCCGCAAGAAUGGAGGUUCAAGAAGGGGCCGACCGCCUGCACAAUUAUCACAAUAUGAGUCACCGCAGAUUCGACCAAGAGCUCUUACACCUAUACAUAAUCGACAACCAGCACCUGAAAUUCAAAUGACAUCGGAGUAUAUUCGACCUUUGCCAUCAUUUUCACGACAGCGAGCUGACGUCACGCCAUAUCAGUAUCAAGAUUUCCUAGAAUCAGGAACGCCAACCACGUCACAAUUCGGUUCAGACAAGAUCCUUCUCGAUUCGGACGAUGAAGAUCUGCGUUGAAAUAUAAAUGCCAAUACAAAACACAUUAUCUACGCAACAAUUUGUUGUUCUUUUAAAUACAAUUCAAAACUUAAUAAAUCAACAAAAAUACACAAAUGAACACAUACACUUUAAGUGAUUCAAUUAUGUUCAAAUAUUUGCAGUAGGAUCCAAAUUUCUUGCCAUGUUUUUAUUUUACUCUUACCCCGCUAAUCAUCUGAAAUGGACACGUUCAUUUUUCUAUCUGGACAAAAAACAUAAUUUUAAAGGAAACUUUAUUUCAAAAAAAAGUUUUGACUGAAUAGUGAACAGUGCAUGUCCAGAUCAAAUGGCACGGUUCAGAUGUGCCGGUUGGUCUUUGGCUGAAUGUGUAGCAUUGGUAGAGUAUGAAGGUUCAGUGGGCUAAGGGUUCUGAGUCUCACUGGAAGGGUCAUUUUAUAUUUCAAUAUUUCAUUUAAUAGUUCACUUACUAUCUUAGCGGCAAUAUCUAUAAAAGUAUCAAAUUGAAUUUUACUACUGAAAACUCGGGGUUGUUGUGUGUGAGUUGCCUAUGCAUUAUGUAUUAUUAUCGUGCCAAAUUCUAGAUCUAUUUGAAUUGACAUUUUUGCAGUUUUGAGUUUGUUUUGAUGGUAUGUCUUAAUUGCGUCACAAGUAAUUUCAUACCAAUACUGAAUGAUAUUUUUUUUCAAUAGUUCUUUUAUUAGAAAUAUUUUUUGUUCUUUAAGAUUGUAAUGUCAUGUGUGUGAUUGAACAUUUUACAAUGUGAAAUAAACUUCAAUGAGCCAGA